AUGUCGUCCUCCGACGCCGAAAAGCGCCCUCUGCACCACUCGGAAGUCGCCAAACACGCAGACAAAGACUCGCUCUGGGUCAUCGUCAACGGGAAUGCUUACGACUUGACUGAGUUUGCGCCUGAACAUCCUGGAGGGAUGGGCAUCUUGCUCAAGUAUGCCGGGAAGGACGCGACGGAGCCCAUCCACCCCCCUGGCACGCUCGAGCAAUACCUCCCGAAAGACAAGCACCUCGGUCCGGUUGACCUCUCGGGACUCGAGAUCGUCGCCAAGCAAGAGACGCAGGAGGAGAAGGACAGGAAGAAGAGGGCUGAGGAGAAGCCGCCCAUGGAUGAGUGUCUGAGUUUGUAUGAUUUCGAGGCUGUCGCCAAGUCGGUCUUGCCGGUCGGCGCUUGGGCUUAUUACUCGUCCGGCGCGGACGACGAGAUCACGAUGCGCGAGAACCGAAACGCCUACCAACGCAUCUGGUUCCGCCCUCGUAUCCUGCGGGACGUCACCACCAUCGACUUUAGCUCGACCAUCCUCGGGCACAAGACUUCGCUGCCGAUCUAUAUCACGGCUACGGCGCUAGGGAAGCUGGGACACCCGGAGGGUGAGAAGAACUUGACCUGGGCCGCGCACGAGCAGGGUGUCAUCCAGAUGAUCCCGACUCUGGCGUCGUGCUCGUUCGACGAGAUUGUCGAUGCGGCCAAGCCUGGACAGGUCCAGUUCAUGCAGCUCUACGUCAACAAGGACCGCGAGAUCACCCGCAAGAUUGUCCAACACGCCGAAAAGCGCGGCAUCAAAGGCCUCUUCAUCACGGUCGACGCUCCGCAACUCGGUCGUCGCGAGAAGGACAUGCGGCAGAAGUUUGCGGACGAGGGGUCGAACGUCCAACGUACGCAGGGCGAGAGCGUUGACAAGACGCAGGGUGCCGCGAGGGCUAUCUCGUCAUUCAUUGACCCCGGGUUGUCUUGGAAGGACAUCCCGUGGUUCAAGUCGAUCACCAAGAUGCCCAUCAUCCUCAAGGGCGUCCAAUGCUGGGAAGACGCAGUCCUCGCCGCCGAACAAGGACUCGCCGGCGUCGUCCUCUCGAACCACGGAGGCAGGCAACUCGACUUUGCGCGCUCGGGCAUCGAGAUCCUCGAGGAGGUCAUGCGCGAGUUGAAGAAGAGGGACCUUCUUAAGAAUGGGUUCGAGGUCUACAUCGACGGAGGUGUCCGCCGCGCUGGAGACGUCCUCAAGGCGAUCGCACUCGGCGCGAAGGCUGUCGGCAUCGGCCACGCCUACUCUGCCUACGGCCACGAGGGUGUCAUCAAAGCGAUCCAGAUCCUCAAGGACGAGAUGGAGAUGAACAUGCGGUUGAUUGGCGCGCCUACGAUUCAGGAUGUCACGCCCGAGAUGAUCGACACCGCCGGCUUGAGCAACCGCCUCGUCGACGGCGCUUCGGACUACCUCAUGCGGGCGAACUACGAGCCUCUCGCCGGCGUCGGCAACGGUCUCGGCGCGCAGCCACGGUUGAUCUCGAAGGAGACGAAGGCGAGUCUGUGA